GGUUGUAAUUAAUGUAAAUAAAUCCGGAACACAGAAGUAUCGGACCUCAGUUGAAAGUCACGAAACCAGCGACGACUCCGUCUUCUCAAGCUGCGCGAAGACCAUCGUCCUUGUUGUUGCUUGAACCUGCAGUUUUGAACAGAGUUUUUUUCCCAUUCCUGUUUCAACUAUUGUCCCGACUCCCUACAGAAAUAUAGAUAGGAAUAUCCAGCAACCUCAACAGAAGCCAACAACACAGAUGGCCGUGCCAAUUGCUGCUCUAAGCUUCACCGCUUGCAUGUCCUGCCCUCCAUUUGCUGGGAUCCAUGGCGCUGCUGUCACCCAGCGAAGCUCGAUUGGUACAAUAAGGGCGAUGAAGGUGGAGAAGCCACUGGAAGAGCUCUACAAUCUGAGAGUAGAGAGUCAAGUAUCAAAGGAGCGGCUAGAGGAGCUUGGUGCCCACAAGUGGACGAUAUGGAAGACAGGAAAGUGCAAAUUUCCAUGGGACUGGCAUGUAGACCAACUUGUCUAUAUCGAAGAAGGAGAGGUCAGAGUAGUUCCUGAAGGCAGCGAACGCUUCAUGAGGUUUGUGGCUGGAGACCUUGUUCGCUAUCCUAAAUGGUUUGAGGCUGAUCUCUUCUUCAAUGGUCCCUACCGAGAGCGUUACAGUUUCAGGGCUUACGGUGAUGACUAAGGGUAGAUUCUAUUUCUACUAUGAAUUCUACUAGAUCAGUUGUAGGAGUAUUUUGGAAUUUAAAUCCAUUUUUACCUCUUAAAUGCCUUAAACUUCUACAUCUGUCUUUGAAAAUGUACAAGUGUUGGCAUGCACAGAGAGAAUUGUACAAGAAUUAGAGAGGAUCUAAAUCCGGAAAAUAUGGACUUUUGUUUUAUGCCUUCAAACCCGUUCUUUGAAGUACAGUAAGUUGGCAAUGUAUGGCAUUUCUUGGCUGUUUUC